UAACAACAAAUCCCCCCACACACACACACACACACACACAAACACAUAACGCACGCAUUCAUAAAUAAAACACCCCAGAACCCGCUCCACUUCCAGCUGUCGAUGCGAAGCCCCCUGGUGCCACCGUCCGACCUGCUCUACUCCCUGCUCCUCCUCAACGGCUGGUACGACGUCAACAUCCUGCUCUGCCAGCACUGCCACAUCUCUCACUUCCUGUCCCGUCUCCGUAACAACAGCCGCUUCCACCUGGGCCCCGUCCUCAACGUCUCCUCCUCCUCGUUCUCCUCCGACGGCUCCGCCCUGCAGCGCCCCCUGGAGGGCCUCCGGGAGGCUGCAGGGGCCGUGCUGAUGCUGGGCUGCGACAUCCGAGACGUGCGGAGGCUGUUCGGCCUGCUGGGGCGCCUGGGCCUGCUGCUGCCUCACCUCCACUGGGUUCUGGGCGACGGGCAGAGAGUGGAGGAGCUGCGGGCCGACGGGCUGCCCGUGGGCCUGCUGGCGCACGGGGGCAUGGGCCCGCCGUCUCUGGAGCACUACGUGCAGGACGGGCUGGAGCUGGUGGCGAGGGCAGUGGGUGCCGCCGCCUUGAGUGACCCCGCCCUGGCGCUCAUACCAGGCACCACCAACUGCAUGGCCAUGCAGCACGGCAACCUCAGUUCGGGGGUGUACCUUGCCAGGUUUCUGGCCAACACGUCCUUCGACGGCCAGAGCGGCUGGGUGUAUUCCCAGCAGGGCACUGUGAUGUCGGAGAGCCAGCACUACAUCUGGAGCCUGCAGCAGGACCCGCUGGGGAACCCAUCCUGGACCCGCCUGGGCCGCUGGAAGCAGGGCCGCGUCCUCAUGGACUACGGCGCCUGGCCCCACAAGCAGGCGGCCAGCCACGCCGGAGACUGGCGCCACCCGGCCAGGCUCCACCUGCGCGUGGUCACCCUGGUGGAGCACCCCUUCGUGUUCACGCGGGAAGUGGACGGGGACGGCCUCUGUCCGGCCGGCCAGCUGUGUCUGGACCCCCUCACCAACGACUCGGCCGUGCUCCAGGGCCUCUUCUCCAGCCUGCAGGGCCCCAACGACAGCCUGCCCAUGGGGCUGAAGCGCUGCUGCUACGGCUACUGCAUCGACCUGCUGGAGAAGCUGGCCGAGGACAUGGGCUUCGACUUUGACCUCUACAUCGUCGGGGACGGCAAGUACGGCGGGCUGAAGAACGGGCGCUGGACGGGGCUGGUGGGCGACCUGCUGACGGGCGCCGCCCACCUGGCCGUCACGUCCUUCAGCAUCAACUCGGCGCGGAGCCGCGUCAUCGACUUCACCUCGCCCUUCUUCUCCACCUCGCUGGGCAUCCUGGUGAGGACGCGCGACACGGCCGCGCCCAUCGGCGCCUUCAUGUGGCCGCUGCACUGGAGCAUGUGGCUGGGCAUCUUCGUGUCGCUGCACGUCACCGCCGUCUUCCUCACCAUCUACGAGUGGAGGAGCCCGUUCGGCAUGACGCCGCGGGGCCGCAACCGCGAGCGCGUCUUCUCCUUCUCCUCGGCGCUCAACGUGUGCUACGCCAUCUUGUUUGGCCGCACGGCCGCCAUCAAGCCUCCUAAGUGCUGGACGGGACGCUUCCUCAUGAACCUGUGGGCCAUCUUCUGCUUGUUCUGCCUCUCCACCUACACUGCCAACCUGGCCGCCGUCAUGGUGGGGGAAAAGACCUACGAACAGCUGUCAGGCAUACAUGACCCCAAGCUGCACCACCCGUCCCAGGGCUUCCGCUUUGCCACGGUGAGGGAGAGCAGUGCAGAAGACUACUUGAAGAAGAGCUUCCCCGAGAUGCACGAGUACAUGAGACGCUACAACGUACCGGCCACACCGGACGGCAUAGAUCUCCUCAAAGAGGACCCUCAGAAGCUGGACGCCUUCAUCAUGGACAAAGCUCUGUUGGACUACGAGGUGUCCAUAGACGCAGACUGUAAAACUCUGACCGUGGGAAAACCAUUCGCCAUAGAAGGCUACGGUAUCGGCCUGCCGCAGAACUCGCCCCUGACAUCCAACAUCUCGGAGCUGGUCAGUCAGUACAAGUCAGACGGCUUCAUGGACACGCUACACGACAAGUGGUACAAAGUGGUCCCCUGUGGCAAGAGGAGCUUUGCUGUCACCGAGACACUGCAGAUGGGCAUCAAGCAUUUCUCAGGUCUGUUUGUGAUGCUGUGUGUGGGCCUGGUUCUGUCUCUGCUGACCACCCUGGCGGAGCACAUCAUCUAUCGAUUCGUCAUCCCUAGAGUCCACGAGCCCCGCUUUAAGUACUGGCUGCACACAAGCCAGCGAUUACAUCGAGCCCUCAACUCAGUCUUCACUGACGACAAACUACCCACUGUGGCUAAACCAGAGAAAAGGUGCAAUGAAGGGAACAACCAACCAGCAGCCUGGAACCCUGCAGACUCCUCCCUCUGCAAUAGGCGUAGGCUCCACCCACAGGAAGCGCAGCAGAAUGACCUGGAGUUCCCCCCCAGCCAGGACACGCCUGUUGCCCCGCCCACCCAACUGAAGAGACAGCUACCCCUGGUCUGCUCCUCCAAUGGUCGAACAAACAUGCUGGGCCCAAGCAUGGGAGUAGGCCGGGGCCUGGGGCUGGGGUCAGAGCUUGGCCUAGGAACAGGGCCUGAUCUGGGGCCAGAUCUGGGCAGGAACCCCCUGGUCCAGGAGCUGUCUGCUCUGGAGACCCAAAUACACCUCAUCAAACAGCAACUUCAGAGUGCCAUGAGGAGGAAGAGGGAACUGGAGUUCCACCAGCAAACAAAUCAGACCAGUCAACAGGGAACCAAUCAGCAGACCAGCACUAUUCCCGAGUCCUAGACUUACCACAGGAGCCUUCCUAACGCUGAUCCAUGGAGACCAACCCGGAGCUCCCUCUCUCCUGUCCUGACUGCGCUUCAGACUGCUUGCCUGACUGCGUCAGGCAAGCCACUGUGGCACCGAAGUGUGUCUGGCACAAACCCUACCUGACACCUGAGGGCCUGUGUGCUAGCUCUCUGACUAUGUACCUUGGCUUUAGCUCCACAGGAUAACUCAUGUGGGCAGCCAGGUGACCCGGAUUAGAUUUGGUCCAUAACCCAUGGUUCCUGUUCCUGGAGGAACAUUCUCUGUUGGUAUGUUGUGCUUCUCCUGGACCAUUGAACUGAAAUUUCUCCGACGGUCCGCUGGGUAACAGCUGUGGUAGACACCCCCCCCCCUCCUAUUCUACCUCUUCUCCUCCCUGACUUUGACUUGACCUAGACCUUCUUUUCUCCGCCUCUCCUCUUCCUCUCUUCCUUUCCCCAUCUCUGACUAGACCCUUGACCCGCUCCCCCCUUAUUCUCUGUCACCUUCUCCUCCUCCCCUCCUCUCUGACUAGUCUCUUCAGACAGACAUGGCAGUGUUGAUGGGUAAAUGUCUGUGUUACCAGGGCGAUACCAGUGUUACCAGGGUGAUACCAGUGUUGCUUGGGCGUUACCAAGGUGUGAACGUGGUGAUGUGUUAAUGUAUCCGCAGGUGGUCCGACCCCAAGACUGAACCCUCACUGAAGACAAAAAUACUCAUCACAUUGAUUGUCUGACAUCAAGAACCAGAGGAAAGUUUUCUACCGGAAAAAGAUAGAACAUGAUAGAAACAUGUUCUCAACCGGAUAGAUAGAACAUAAUUCUUUAUCCAGGAUAGAUAGAAGGUGUUCUUUAUACAGAACACAUUCUCAACCGAUAGAACAUGUUCUCUAUCAGGGUGUAGUCAGUUAUUUUCCUGGAAGGAAGCAGUUCUCUUGCAUUGUGUAUGUUUGA